AUGCAAAGUAUUGAUGUCUACAGGUUGCCAGGCAAAUGCCCUGAGUCCAACAACUUGAAGAGCCUCAAGAGCCCCCGGUCAGAGGCUGCAGCCGAACGAGAUGCGGCAUUGGCAGCUGCUGGGUCUGCUCUCCUAGGUCCGCUAGGAGCUGAGUCAGGGGUGGCCAGAGCUGAAGAUGUCGCAGAUGAGGAGGUGCGCCUGGCUGCCGAGUUGCAGCGGCGAAAAGAACUGCAUGGGAGGCGUCAACAGGAGUUGCAGCAGCUUCGCCUUCAGCGGAGCUCUGAAGCAAAGCGCCAUGUUGCUGAGGAGGAGGCAGUCGAAGAGCAGCUGCUGGAAAAUCGGCAGCUCCGCGAAGCCCUGCAGGCCCAGCUGGUUCGUCAGGCAGAAGAGGAUUCUGAGAUGCGGAAAGAAGAGGCCUCAGCGAUGGGGCGGGUGGAAGCUUUGCGUCACAUGAUUGCAGAGCAGGAGUCGGCGCUCAAAGCAGCUGCCACACAACGACUUUCCUCUGAAGAAAUGCUCCAGGAUGAACAUCGUAAGGCCACAGAGUUGGAAGCGAAACUGGAACGUCAAGAAGUGCGACUGAGGCGUUUGCAGCAAGAGGACCAGGAGCGCAAGGAGCGAGAGGCACGGCGUGCGAUGCUCGAAGGGGCGCUGAGUGACCUAAAGGGUGCACUCGAUGAACUGGGCUUCGCCGGUGCAGGUGAUAUGGAGGAGCAUGGCAAGAGGCCUCCAGGCACCAACUUGCUCCUGCAAUCCUCGUUGCUGGAUGCCGCGGCCCAAUCCCUCCGAGCUGAGCUGGCGAGGGCCAAGAAUGAGGGCCGUGACGUGGCAUCAUCCGCCUCUGCAGUGAGUUUGAUCCAAGACUUGCGUGAAAGAGUGAGGCUGGAGCCGGGGUGGGUCUACCGGGUCCACCUGGGGGAGACGGUCGGCAUCGUGCUAGGCAAUCAAACCUCGAGCAAACAAAAACUCGGCCGCUUGCCGUAG